AUGCGAGCAGCGUUUAUAAAAGAUGAGGUGGCUCAUCAAAUUAUGGGUUAAACAGUUUUUUCACAGUGCUAUUUGUGGCCUAUGGCGUUGAACGGCGCACUUACACUGACAGACGGGCAUGGAGACGCUGCUUUUUCUAUUUCCUCAAUUUAACUACAUGGCCCCAAAGGAGGAAGCAUAUUUCAAAAUGUUUGCUGUUGAAGACUUUCAGUCGCCAGCGAUGAAGGAAGAUAGCAGCAGACAGAAAGACAAGGAGAGGAAGAGCCGACUAAGCCUUUUCCUCACCAAGUCGGGCUCCCAUGAAAACGUCAGUCCUCAUAAAAAGACAAAUACACCAACGAGCAACAUCUCACCAGAGACAGCCUUGCAAUGGAGCGACUCCUUUGAAGACCUGCUAAAGCACACAGAUGGGGUGGAAACCUUCUCUCAGUUCCUCAGGACAGAGUUCAGUGAGGAAAACAUUGAGUUCUGGUUGGCCUGUGAAGAAUACAAGACCAUUGAUUCAGAAACCAAGCUGCUGUCCAAAGCCAAAUAUAUUUAUACAGUUUAUAUUGAAUCAGAAGCCCCCAAAGAGGUCAACAUUGACUAUAACACAAAGAUGGCCAUCCAGAAAAUCAUGGAACACCCAACAAGAAGCUGUUUUGACGUGGCCCAGAUGAAAGUCUACAGCCUGAUGAAAAAGGACUCCUACCCAAGGUUUCUGCACUCUGACAUUUAUCUGCGUAUAACUCGGAAGAAGGGCCCUGGAGCCACCAUGUUUCGCAGAAGGUCACGCUCCUGCGUGUUUAACGAGAGGGGAGAAUCUAAAACUGAGCCCUCUGCUUGGUAACUGUAGCAUUGCACAGCUGUGUGGAAUGGAUUCAUUAUCAUACGGGAGAUCAUCUAUGAUUUGCAACACAAAUGUUGAAACAUGAUGUGGUGUCUAAUUUAGGGCCCACAGGUUCUGAUAUGUAGAGUGCAAUAUUUUUGUGUAACCACGGAUUUCACAAUGGAUAACUUCUCAGACACAGCACCGCAGUAAAUUGAUAUUAACAGUAAUUUAAAUGUACUAUUUUUCUUUCCAUUAGUUUCAUGAAAUUUCUAUCCUUAUUUCAGCUUGGUAAAUUUUAAAUGUGGUUUUCUUAAUUUACCAUAGCAACCACUAACAGGGAAAGAAAAACACCCAUAUUAUUAUUUUGUAUUAGCUAGUUGGAACGUUGAUCCAGAACUGUUAUCACUUCUUAACUUUACUCUGUUCCAGUCGCAGUUUGUAAAACCACUAAGGUUUAACUGUUGUGCUAAAUUACCAGGCUAACAGCUAUUGACAACAUGUCUCGGACUGUAGCAAUACCGUUCCAACCUGAAGUUGCAGUGUUAUCAUUAGUAUUUAUUAACUUCAUCAAACACAGCAGACAUAUUAGAUUUUGAGGCCAGAGUGACUGAGAGAUUUCCAACCUUUCUACUUUAGAAAGGAAGGCAGUUAAUUUUUCUAACGUUAACAUUCUAACUUACAAGUGCAAAUGCUAUGCGCUAUUAGUCCGCGAACUGAAAAGCUAUAAAUGACUAAUCCUUUCAAUGGGUUUUUUUGGGACAUGUCCUGUUUGUGGCCUAGCCACAAGCAAUAAAUACAUACUGGUUUCCUAGCAACCCAAAGGCAGCAUGGACAGCUUUAUAUUCAACUGCUUUCCCACUGUCUUUUUGCUAAGCUAGGGUAAUUCAUGCUGACUUGAGCAUUUUAUCAAUCCUGUUGUUUCACACUUGCCUUAAAAAUAAAAGGACAUUAUUCCUGGAUACUUAGAUAGAUGUGUUAUGACUAUUCAAUUAACACCAACAGCCGGUAUACAUCCUGGGAGGUUAUUUAGCAGCAGUAAUGUUUUCUAGUACAGCAGUUAAAUAUUCUGAGUCUAGAAAGUGAUUGCACUGCUGAAUUUGUGGAUGCUGUUGCCAUUGUGAUGCACAGAACCAAAGUCGCCUUAAGGUAAGAUUUUCUUGAAUUAAUUCUUAAACCUUUCUAACCCUGAAGGAAAGUAUGAAUGUUUGAGGGAGAGUUAUAGUUAAAGGGACCUCAUAGCUACUGUGACAGAACUGCUGAAGCACAUUCAACGCUCUGUCCCCCAUACAGCAAUGGUAUGUCAUAGAUUCAUAUUGUUGAUAUGCAUAAGUUGAUUCGAUCACAUUUUAUUAAAACCGUAUGAUGAUUUGCAUCUGUUGCACUGAUUAACUUCCACCUGAAUAAUAAGCAGUCAAAGCCUGUGGCCGUAUUGACUUCAAAGCACCAAACUGCUUUUUAACAAAGAAACAGUAACUCCAAUAUGCCUAUUUUUAAUUAUCAGAUUCAAUUUUCACACACAGAAAAUGCAUAUAUACUGUAUCUUCUCUGAAUACUAACAUCACAUUAUAUUGAUUAUGAUUGUUGUUUGUCAGUUGCCAUCUAAUAUAAUUUAUGUAUUACUUGAUCUUAUUUGAUAUUUACUGCUGUAAAAUGUACUUACUAUAUGUGGACAACAUCAAAUAAACAUUUUCCAGUAAAGUCCGUUUUAA